AUCGUCGGCGUUUGCAUGCAAUGCGGAAAAGUGCAGCAGCAGCGAAACGGCAACAUUUGCAGCAGCUACGACAGCAGCGCUUGUUGCAAUGCACUGAUCAGUCCUCAACGUCGACGUCAUCCCAAUUGGCUGCAGCAUUGUUAUCUUCGGCCUCGGCUGCAGCGGCAGCCGCUGCAGCUGCCAAUGCGACCCCUGUAAAUAUUAAUGAGCAACAGAGAGAAGUGAAAACCCUAAUUGGCCCACCCAUGGGCUUUCCACAGCACCAAGAAGAACCACAGAUCACACGUCCACAGCCAGCUUCACGCUCUCAUCGUCAUCAUCGCCACCAUCACCAUCAUCAUCAUCAUCAUGCCAAUCAUUCGCACAAUCAUCAUCAGUGUCGCUCAAAACGAAGAUUACAAAAAUUGUAUUAUACGCUUUGCCGUUAGACUUGUACACCUAAUUCUAGA